GGUAACGUGGGGGUGGAAAUACCCCCACUUCUAAAAAAAGAGGUAUAUUUUUUGUCAGGAGUUGGCAGCAGUCGUGUAGUUCCAGGUACCUUCCUGUGACCUUGAAGACAGUCUGUAUUCAGUAGAGUCUCAGUGCUGACACAUCCUGUUUAUUCAACAUAACCUCCAAAAGUGCUUGGGGAGUCUCUGUACCCCCACGUUACCCGUUGUGUCAGCACAUUUCACCGCAUCCAUUCUUCUAUUUCUUUUAUAAAAAAUGGAACCUGAUGAAUGCCGCAGAAUACAAGACCUCCUUCAAGAAGUUGAAGAAGAAGAAUUGGUCUCCUCUGAAGAUGAAGACUCUGAAGUGGACGAGGUGCAAUUUUCUGACCACAACUCUGAGUCGGAGUUGUCCGAAGAAGAAAUGCCGGUAGUUGAACUCCACGAUGGUCCAACAUACAAAGGAAGAGACAAUGUUACGACAUGGAGAAAACAUCAACUUCCGAGAAAUGUGAGAACAAGGCAGCAAAAUAUAGUGAUACAUUUGCCAGGAGUACGGCCAAUAGGUCAGAAUUCUAAUACACCUAAAGAAUGUUUCUCAUUAAUUUUUGAUGAUACGAUGAUUGAGACAAUAGUGGCUUCUACCAAUAUAAAGAUUGCAAAACAUUCAGAAAAAAACAAAAAUGAUCGGAGUACUUACCUAACAAGUAUUACCGAAAUGAAUGCAUUAUUUGGACUUUUAAUACUUAGUGGUUUAGUAAAAUCAGGCCAUCAAAAUUUAGAAGAUCUUUGGAAUGUUCAUCAACUAGGAAUUGAUAUUUUCCAAACAACUAUGAGCUUGAAAAGGUUUAAAUUCUUAAUUAGGUACAUGCGAUUUGACGACAUAAAUACUCGUCAUGCUAGGAGGCAAGAGGAUAAACUUGCUCCAAUUCGUGAAAUCUUUGAGCGUUUCAACCACAACUGUAAGCAGGUCUACACAGUUUCUGAGUACUGCACAUUAGAUGAGCAGCUUGUGCCUUUUCGAGGACGCUGCUCGUUUCGCAUGUAUAUACCUAGUAAGCCUGCCAAAUAUGGCUUAAAAAUAUUCACUUUGGUAGAUGCUAGAACUUGGUACAUAUUGAAGUCUGAAGUUUACGUUGGAAAACAAAAUGAUGGCUCGUUCAAAGUAUCUAACACAACAGUUGACGUAACGAUGCGUUUGACAGAACCUAUCCACAGAUCAGGGAGGAACCUAACCAUCGAUAAUUGGUUCACUAGUUUCCCUUUGGCAGAACUGCUGCUUCAACAAAAUGUCACUAUGGUAGGUACGAUGAAAAAAAACAAAAAGGAAUUGCCUCCGGAGUUACUUGCUAAAGGUAGACCAGAAAAGUCGUCUGUGUUUGCAUAUCAGAAUAACAAAACUGUAGUAUCGUAUGUACCAAAAAAAAACAAGAAUGUUGUACUUCUUUCAACUAUGCACUUGGAGGAUGGCACAAUUGAUGAAACCACUGGUGAGGACAGUAAACCUGAAAUAAUCACCUUUUACAACAUGACAAAAGGUGGAGUCGAUGUUGUCGAUAAACUAUGCUCAACAUACUCAACAGCAAGAAAAACCAACCGAUGGCCACUAGUGCUCCUAUUUAGGAUUCUAGACCUGGCAAGCGUAAACAGUUAUGUGGUGUUUCAAGGUAACAAUCCACAAAGUAAGAUGAACCGUAAAAGCUUCUUGCAAGAAUUGGGGUUUACAUUAGUAGCUCAACAAGUGCAAACUAGAGCUACGCAGAUGCGCUUGCCAAAGGAAAUACGGCAAAGAGCAGCCAAGAGGGCCAAAAUGGACAAUGCUAUUGCACCUGCUGUUCCACCAAAUCCUGGUCAAAGGUCUAGGUGCACUGUUUGCCCUAGGAAAAAUGACAUGAAGGUUAAAACUACGUGCUUCAAGUGCAACAAAUACAUGUGUAAUAAACAUAUGAAAACCGUUUGUGAGCCUUGCCUUGCACCUGCAGAAAACACGUCCUCAGACUCAGACUACUGACUUUGGGUUGUAUAAAAUGUCCACUCGUUGUAGUUUUUUUUUGUAUUAACAUUAAUUAAUAAAUAAUAUUAUAACACUUUUAGAUAUUAUUGUAAGUUUUUUUUUCCUAUAAAAUACUGUACAUUUUAGAUAUUUGUGAAAAAAACUCAUACACAAAACUAAAAAA